AUGCGUGGAAGUUUCAUUCACAAUAUUCUCCAGGGAGGACUUUUUGAAUCCGGUAUUUGCUUUAAUUGUCCAGCAAAGGCAGCAUUUUUAGCUAUAGCAGCUACUAUGACGGACAAUUUUCAAAAUGAUGAAGCAAUAGGAAGUGAUGCAGAAUUCGCCGGUGAUGAUAGUAAGUAUGGAAAUGUUGAACCAGGCGAUGGAUCACGAUUCCGUCGACGGGGACUGUUUGGUCUUCGGGAAAGAACUAUGUACCAACGAUUGCAGAAACGGUUGUCACAAUAUGUGACUUUAACAAAUCCUGAACUGGCAGCAAUAACAAAGACUGCAAUCAUAAUUGCCGUUGAACUUUGGAAGAAUCCAAACUCGUUAAACGAAACAUCUUUAACAAGUUAUGCUGAUGGUACAUUUUAUGGAUUUUCCAUGUUAUGGUUUAAAUUAACUGGAGGUAUUGAAAAGCUAGCUUAUGCAACUAAACAAUCCCAGGAGCAACAGAAGGAAAUGUUGUUGCAGGUGCUACAUACGUUUCGACAAUACCAUGAUUUAGACGACUUUAAUGCGUUAAAAGGACUUUCAUCUGUAUGA